UGUAGGGUCAUAGUUAUCAUGGGCUUAAAAGAUUAGUAUGGUGGGUAACAUUUUGACAAUAUGUUUUUCUUACAAGUCUAUUAUAGAAAAGAAGUAUGUGAUGCAAAAACUGUGUCUCGGUAUGAUACAUAGGGAGUGGAGUUGUAAAAAUCCUGAUGAAUGCGGAACCAACCCAGACUGGCAGUCAAUACCGGUGAAUGAAGCAGUAGGCUUUGCAUUUAAUUGGUAACCUUUCCAGUUGUCAACAUCAAAUUUGUUACCAUGGUAGACUCUUCACCAGUUGUCCUCCAGUUGUCAGACUCAUUUUCCAAAAACAACAAUGAAGAACAAAUCCUUGAAGAACAUGAAGAAACUGAAAGUGACCAAUUUUACGAGGCCUACGAGAAGGAGGACAAGUUUCGAAACCGGUUAGGCAGCACCGCAUCUGUGCUCGAAGCUAAGACUCGCACUUUCGAGCGUGUAAAGGAGGAACUCCACAAAGCACAACAGGCAUUGCAAUUGAAAGAUGAUGAGGUUAAUGCCAUUCGUGAAAAGAUGGACCAUGAAAUUGAAGAGCUCACAGCCAGUCUAUUUGUGUUACAGGCAGAGGUUACUGCCCUCAAGGCAUUGGUGAUAACUUCAACACCAAGUAUGCCACUACCUCCAACUCAACAUUCGCCAAAGAAGUCAAUUAGCAUUCUGAAACGAUACAAAGCACAGAACGCCAUCCUUAACCAACAGAUGAGCAUGUAUAGUCACCACUGGCGGAAUCCAGCAUUGCUUAAUGUGCCCCUAGAACGCUGCAAAAGCACACCCUCUCUCAACGAAUCAUCUGCACAGGAAACAAAAGAGGCUGAUCCAAUAAUGCUGCACGAGUUUGAAGCAUGGAGGCAGUCCCUUACAUUCUCCAUGGAUAGUCCGUUCAUGAAACGUGUACAUCAAGAGGAUAUACUGCCGUGCUUGACGUUUCCGAACAACGCCCUCACUCAGAUGGUCCAAACAUGCGUCCUGAAGAAUUCUUUAUGUAUCGAGCCUAUUAAUGGUUCACCAAGUACAAAGAAAAAAUGUGCUCUGUUCUCUGAGAGUCGUAUUUGCAAAUACCGGUUGAAAUUGGAGGAUUCCGAUAAAUGGUGCGAUGUAUGUUGUUCAGCUAGGAAUAGGAUCACAGCUGUAUGUAAUUUUUUCACCUACUUACGAUACAUCCAACAAGGUCUCGUUAAGAGUGACACCAUUGGUAUGUAUUGGGAAGUUGUACGUCUUCGAAAGGAAAUUGCUCUGGCAAAGCUAAGUUUAUAAAAAGUACUUUAAACCAUGGAGUGCACUGGAAGGCGGAAAACAGACAGGAAGACGACUAGUUUCUACUUUCCUUUUUGAAAAUGGAGCCAAGAAUGACUCUUCAUUUGUGACGUCUUUUGUCUUCAUCCACUCCAACAUAAACAAUUAAAAUGUUGUAGUGCCAAUUGUUUUUAUGGUCACUGCACAAUGUGAAUCUUAAGAAUUUUAAAUUUUGUUACAGGGAUUAUUUUAAUGUUGAUACCAAAGAAAUAUUUUAAUCAUCUCAAGGAUAAACAGUAAGAUUCUAGGCCUUCUUGGGGUCUGUCAGUAGAGCUGCUGAGAACAGGCAACAAAGAGGGGAGAGUUCAUGUGUGUCCUUUUUUGGGGGGGAGAGAGUUGGUUGGUUGGAUUUAUUAGUGGUUAUUUGUAGAUGACAAUAAAUUUAAGUAGGUAUCUGUAUAUAUCUGUAUACUGUAUAUAUAUAAGGAAGUUAAUGCGUAUGUAAUCCUACAUUACAUAAGCCAUUGGCCCAUGUACUUAAUAAGAGACUGAAUGAAUGAAGCCUGUUAAAUCUAACAGAAAGGUCCGUAAAAAAUUUGAAACCAAGUUAACUGGUGUAUUUUUGCAUUAGCUUAGUAUUGAAAUGCAAUACUUAAUUAUUAUCCCAUUAUAAAUAAUUUUAAAAUACUGUACAAAAUAACCUUUCAUUUUCAAUUACUUCUGUGUGUUAUGACAUCAAAACACACAUUCCUGUCCCUAGGAAUUGCAUUUUUUUCAUUUUAACCUUUAAUGAUUUAGAGGCUGUGAACUUUGAGUUCAACCCCAUCCACUUAAAAAUCUUGAUUUACAUUCAGUUAUUUUAACCCUGAACUUAGCAGCUCAGAUAAAUCAAUGUCUAUAUUUUAGUGAUACUUUUUGGAUUUCAGAAUAGAGAGUAGCAAAAGUGUAAAGUGUAGCACAUAACAUUGAUAUGCAUUGAAAUGUUACAAAAAUUAAUGCCAAAAGGAGGGGGGGGAGACAUGUCCCCAGUUCCCCCUACUGGAUCCACCCCUGGGCUGGGGCUCACUUCAAGGCCUACCUGGUUGUGUGUUACCUAGAGUAUGUAAGUGUAAAGUUCACCUAAUGUCAGAUUAGGUCAUGUUUGCUAAAGCUGGGAUUCAUUUUGAAUUUUAUUGAAGAUCAAAAUUGUAGAAACGUAAUUUCUUUAGGGGUCGUUCCCUAAAACAGUAUGCUAGAGGGGAGGAAGGUAGAGAAAUUUGUAUACAUUACAUGUGCAUAAAAUUUGUUGAUUAAAAAUAACAUGCAAUAUGUAAAAUAAUGGUAAAAUUAUAAUGUAACCAUGAAUAUAAUAUUAAUUUUUAAGCAACAAAGUACAUAGUUGACUUCACAAAAAAAUGGAGAAUGGCUUUGCAAAAUCAACAUUGUUUUGUACACUUUCAGAGAGACUGAGUGGGUACCGAAAAGGAGUACUGUUUGUACACUGUGAAAAUAUUGAUAAUUGUUAACGACCCCUUAUAUAAUUGACAAGUGUAGGCAAAGUUUCAGUUGGAUGUGAAGGUAAAAAAUGUCAGUCUUCGCCCAGUUAUUGGAUCAAAUGUUGGCUGUUGAAGACAUUCUCCCUGGGGAAGUUUUAAAAAAUGUUGUUGGCCUAGCUAGUGAAUAACACAGCAUAUUCAAUCCUGCAAUAUAUAAACUUAUUCUGAAUGAUGAGAUGUAUUCCACAAAUUAUUUUAACAUAGGCUAGAUCGAAGUCUUCUAUUCAUUUAUGAUUGUCAUAACAUCAAUUUUCAAAUCAAAUUUAACCAUCAUGGUGCACUGGAGGCUGGGUAAUAACUUAGCCAUAUGAAAGGGAAUUUUUUUUAUAGUAUCUGUGUAAUAAUGAUAUUAAAAAUAGAAAUUUAAAGAAAUUUAAAUAAUUCCAGUAUUUUAUUGUUUGUGAAGAUAUAGUUUCACUAAAAGCAUACAAAUAAAAUAUAUAAUUUAUGUCUAUGUAAAGUAUAUAUAAGCUACAUUAUGGUGCACUAAAUAGAUAUAAAAUUAUUGUUAAUGUUUUUACUAUAGAUUAGGUCUACCAAGAUCUGUUAAAAUAUGUAAAAGAUAUGGUCUACCAAGAUGAUAUAAUAUGUUGAAAUAUUUAAAAAAUAUGUUUUAUAUAUGUUUUCUGAGAGUUGUGUAUUGUUUGCAUGUAUAAACAUUGAAAGAUAGUUUUGUUUUAAAUGUUUCAUCAUAUUGUAUUUUCUAUUUCUGUAAUUUGAACAAUUAUAAAUACUUUUAAAUUGACAAUAUAACUGAAAUUGAUACACCAUUUUCUUCAGUGUUAUAUGUGGUGUUAUAUAUUAACUACAAUACCUAUAAUAGGUGUUAUUUUUUAACUAGUUACUUUCUUGUUACUAUAGUAUGCAAGUUCUGUUUAGAGAUUAAUUUAAAAGGUUUGAUAAAUUAUUUUGUCAGACAUUUUAACCUAGUUUUAGAAUACUUUCUUUGGCAUAUAUAAUACAGUUUGAUCCAUUCUAAAGUCAAAAUUUGAUGUAAGUAAUACCAUGCACAACACUCAUUUUUUCCUUUCCAUAUAAUAAUUUGUUUUGCUAUAUAAUUUUUUUUUCCAUUGGACCUAUUUUUAUAUAACUUUAUUACAUCAGUGAUGCUGCUAAAAAUGUGACUUAAAUGGGUUCUUAUAAUUUAAAGAGUUUUCUUAAGAGGCUGCCUAGAUGUUUCAUACUUGCUUUGUUUUCAAUUUGCAUAGAAUUGCACAAAUGUUUAUUUUUAGGCAUGCAAACAAGUUUCAUAUAUUCACUUGCUUUCAAAAUUUACAGACUGAUAAUGAAGUUUCAACUAACUAUUGCAGUACAAAAUAUAAAAUGAAAGAAGUUAGAGACACUAUACAAUAAGAAAAAGAAAUCUUCGGAAUUCACAGACAGAAUUAUGGAGAAAAGACAAAUACUAUUUUCUGACAGUGCUCAGAUUUGUGAAUAUAAAUUUUCCCUUUGCAAUCAAUGUUGAGUAAUCAUCCUACAACUACAAUUGUAAUUUACUGAUGAAACAUUAUCAUUAACAUAUACUCCCCUUUAUAAAGGCUAUCCCAAAUAUUGUAUAAUUCCAUAAAAGUUCUAAAUUUGUAUGGAAAAUAUUAAAAAAUUGUUGUCUAUUGAGGUAAGAGAAGAACUAGUUUUCAAUGUGUUAUUACCAAUUCUAAGCUGGUAAAUAUCACAUGAUACAUAGUAUUUUAUGCCAUCUGGAAUAUGAGUAUAGAAUCCACCAUUUCUGUUUUUCUUGAUUUUAUCUGUCAAGUAAUGUAUUUUAAGAUAAUAUGUCUGGUUGAGCUAAAAUAACUUGAAAAGUAUAAUUCAAUAUUUGAAUUGCUUACUUUGCAGUGGCAGAUUGGGGGAGGGGGAGCUGGCCUCCCCCUCCCCCCUCCUCCUUUAUUUUUUUCAAAAUUGUGCCAUUUCCGGCCAUCUAGAGGUGCCAUAAUCAUAAGUUUACUUAUCUGAGCCCCGACCAUGGUGGGGGUUAGGUAAUGUAGACCCUCUAUCUGUGAAAGUCCCUCCCUGGCCCCCUUUAUUUCAAGUUCCUGGAUCCGCCACUGCUUUGUAUAGCUUUCAAUAAUAUAGUAUAAGUAACUAUUGUUUUUUGAACUUACAGUAUACAAAAUUAAUUGCUGGUAAUUGUAUGUUGGACAUUUAUGUGACUAUUUAAUACUAGAAGUUUUCAAAAUAUGGAUAUUGUAUAUUAAAUUGUAUAGUUGUUUCGAAGAGUGCCGAGAACACAAUUUUAUGAAUAAUGGUGCUUUUAUAUAUACUACUAUAGAUAAAUGAUUUGACAUAUGAAAUAUGGUGUAUCCCUUUCUGAUUCAAAAGCCUAUGUUCAUAGGUUUUUUUAUGUAAUCUUUUUAUGUAUUGUGUAAUAAAAGGAUAUUUAGA